AUGCGGGAGCGUGCACUUCGUGAAAGCAGUUCUAGGACAGCCGUGCUCGUCUUGCGGACCGGUCAGGCCAAAGAGCUCCUUUUCUUUGUACCUGCAACCAAUCACUAUAGCAUGUUUGUGGUCUGUGGUUUAAGUUCUAGCUGUCCGCUUGGGGUGCGCACUAGUAGACAGCGCUGCUGCGGGUCUCUCCGGCAAGCCAGAGCAACAGGUCGAUCGGGGUCUCAGUGGACGCCUGGGCUAUGGGACCGUAAGAAGGGCGCUUAUGUGCCGCUGUCUCUUGGCCUCCGCGCGAAGUUAAAUAAUCCUGGCCAAGGAGACGCAUCAGGCACUCGGUUCACUGAUUUGGCAGCCAAACUGGCGGCAGAGCUCACAGGAGGCAAGGCCAGCGGCCUCUCCGAGUCUGGCGUUCCAAGCGAUGAGGCCGGUUGCCUAGUUGACGGGCGGAACGGUUUACCCUGUGUUCGUCUAAAGAACGAGCAGACAAAACAAGUGGCCGAUGUGUACCUGUUCGGAGCCUGCGUCACGUCGUGGAAAGCGCGCCAAGGCACUGAGGAGAUGCUUUUUCUCUCAGAAGAGGCCGUUUUUGAUCGAUCGAAACCAAUUCGCGGAGGGAUUCCAAUUUGUUUCCCCCAGUUUGGUAGUGAUGGAGCGCUCCCGAAUCACGGAUUUGCACGGAAUGUUGACUGGAAGCUGCGGAGUAUCGAUAUGGUAGAAAAUGGUACUGCAUCGCGUUGUGUUCUGAUGCUCUCUUCGGAAGAGGUGCCCUCGCACUACCGCGACUUGUUUCCUUUCAAGUUCUCUGCCGAGUAUGCUGUGACGCUAAAUUUGCGGGGCCUGCGCUGUGAGCUGCGCAUCACGAACUUGGAAACCGAUCGGCCGAUGCCCUUUACAGCGGCGCUGCACAAUUAUCUGCGCGUCCGGGACGUGUCCAAAAUUCGAGUCUUCGGAUACGACAAUCUGGAAUAUUUGGACAAGAUGGAUGCAAAUACCAUGAAACGUGAGGAAUCCGUGCUUUUGAGUGGUCUUCCAGUGGAGGCCGCUGUCGAUAGAGUCUACAAGAACGCUCCCGAUGAGAUGGCGCUCUUCGAUAUGGUAGCGUUGACAGUGAUGAAAAUAGACAAGCGCGGAUUCACAGACUGCACUUUAUGGAAUCCUUACGGGCAACAAGGAUCCGACCCUGACUGGCAAAAAUUCAUUUGCAUCGAACCAGCAGUAUUUCAUGACAAGGGUGUAGAGUUGAAACCAAAUGAAAGCUGGACGGGUUAUCAGGAGCUCUCGGCCGAGUGA